AUGAUGCUGUCACUUGCGCGGUUUGUCGGCGUACUUGCCCUCAUCGCUCCCGUUGCGCAGACCGCGCCGACUAAAGAAUUUUUUGCAGAGACUAAGGGGAACUGCAGCAAGGUCCAAGUAGCCAUUCUUGGUGCUGGCCUCGCAGGAAUUACGGCUGCCCAAACACUGGUAAAUGCGUCCAUCACAGAUUUUGUCAUCGUUGAGUACAAUAAUCGGAUUGGUGGACGCGUUUACAACCGACCCUUUGGAAAGAAGCCGGGUACGAAUGAGUCCUAUUUUGUAGAGCUUGGUGCGAACUGGAAGUACGAGUACGACGCUGGCGAAAUCAUCCUGAAGAAUCAGCAAGAUCGCAGUGCCCGUGCCGGUCUCGCAAUCGCAGGCUGGAAGCCGGGCAGUGACCCGCUGGCACAAGCUAUCGAAUGGUCUUCCAUAGACUUCGAAUAUGCUAAUCCACCGGAGAAGACGUCCCAACAGUACUCCGUAGUCAACACCAACACAUCGUUCAAGCGCUGGAAGGAUGACAACAACCUGGUGCACGACGAGCGAGGGAACAUUACCUACUCUGACGACAGUGUCACAGUGCAUAAUGGGGACGGCACUUGCAUCGUCGCCGACUACGCCAUCUGCACGUUUUCGCUGGGUGUCUUGCAGAAGGAGGUGGUUAACUUCUCGCCAGAGCUGCCGCUUUGGAAACGAACGGCCAUCCAGUCAAUGACUAUGGGUACUUACACGAAGAUCUUUAUGCAAUUCAAGCCAGAAGACGUGUUCUGGGACAAGAGCACACAAUUCUUUCUGUAUGCCGACCCAGUGCAGCGAGGUUACUAUCCCUACUUCCAGUCACUGGAUCACAAAGACUUUGUGGACGGCUCCGGCAUCAUCUUUGUCACCGUCGUCGAUCAGCAAUCUUACACCGUGGAGGCUCAGGACUUUGAUACUACGAAGAAACAAAUCAUGGACGUUCUGAAGGACAUGUUCCGAAAAGAGAUUCCCGAACCCAUUGACUUUUAUUAUCACAACUGGACUCGCGAACCUUGGGCAUACGGGUCUUACUCGAACUGGCCUCCGGCCCUGACGUUGGAGAUGCAUCAAAACAUCCGCGCCAAUCUCGGAAACUUGUGGUUUGCUGGCGAGGCCACUCACCCGCAGUACUUUGGCUUCUUACAAGGUGCAUAUUACGAGGGGAAGAACGCGGGUGAAGCUGUUUCUGGGUGCAUCAAGAACAAGGAUGACUGUGUGAACCUGAGAUCGGUGGCGUACGAUGUGUUAAACGGAACGACAAGCACCGAUAAGUACACAAAGGUGAAUGGAUGGAGCACCAAGACUUUUGUAAAGGAACUUGGCAUAAACAUCAAGAGGUACUUGGGCUUAUUGAAAGAGUAG